CCUUUAUUAUACCUAACUUUCAUUUGGGCCUCAGUCUUGUUGAGCCCAUUGGGCUCCAAGCAGCCCCAGAAUAACUGGGAUUAAAACCCCUUGUAGGGGUUUAAUGAAGAACGAAGAGAGAAACUAGAAAUCGAGCUACUGCAAUACCAAAUCUCUGAAGAGGCAUGGCAACAGCUAUUGCUAGUAAAGCAAAUCAUCUUCGAAACCUCUGUAAACAUAUACGUCUCUAUUCUUAUGUUGGUACUUUUGGCCAAUGCCGAUCCACAGUUGCAUCACCAUCAAUCAUCCACGCGCUUCACCUUCGAACUCUACCUUUAAUUCCACCGGUUCUCCCUUUUGGUCUUGGAAUUCAAUCUUUUGUGAUUAAUCAAAGAUAUUUGUUGAGUACCAGUACCACACCUACAGCUGUUGAAUCCGAAAAACCUGUACCGAAAAGCGAUGCGAAAUCGCAUUCUGAAGGAGCUGAAAAAUCGGGAGAUUCGAAUCAAGGCAAAAGCGAUGGUGGAAAACCUGUUCGUGGCGGGCCUGUUUCAUGGUUGAGUUUUCUAUUGUUGGUUCUUACUGGAGCUGGAAUAAUAUGGUACUAUGACAGGGAAAAGAAACGACAUAUUGAAGAAAUAAAUAAUGCUUCACAAGCUGUUAAACAAGGACCAUCUGCAGGCAAAGCGGCCAUUGGGGGGCCAUUUAAUCUUAUAAACCAUGACGGGAAGCGCGUAACUGAUAAAGACUUUCUAGGGAAUUGGACAAUGAUAUAUUUUGGCUUCACUCAUUGUCCUGAUAUCUGCCCAGAUGAGUUACAAAAGCUAGCUGCUGCAGUUGAUAAAACAAAGGAAAAAGGGGGAAUUGAUGUUGUGCCUGUGUUCAUCUCUGUUGAUCCUGAGAGAGAUACUGUGGAGCAAGUACGCGAGUAUGUCAAAGAGUUUCAUCCAAAACUGGUUGGGUUAACUGGGAGUCCAGAUGAGAUAAAGAAAGUUGCUCGUGCAUAUCGAGUUUAUUAUAUGAAGACAGCAGAGGAAGAUUCAGAUUAUCUUGUUGAUCACUCCAUAGUCAUGUACUUAAUGAGUCCUAAGAUGGAGUUUGUAAAAUUUUUUGGGAAGAAUAAUGAUGUUGAUUCGCUAGCAGAUGGUGUAAUCAAAGAGAUAAAGCAACACAAGAAAUAGAAGUAUAGUGUUGUCCAUUGCACUUGUACUCCAUAGUGUAUGCUAAAUUUUAGGUGCAUGCGCCCCAAUUUUCUCCGGAUAUUUAUUUUUCAUAAUUCAUAAUCUUGAGUAACAACGAUACUAUUUAUGAUAGGUUAAUUGUUUUGAAUUAGAAAUUUAUAAGCGAGUUGAAUUGCUAAAGACUUAUGUUUGCUAAUGAUUUUUGAUUUCCCUUUUUUGUUUAUUGAAAAGAGAAAUCACAGGACAUUUACAGAGUUGUUCUUAUGAGCCACCUGAUCGAUAAGAAUAAAAAUCUUGGCCAAGAUCAUGCUUUGUAGGGUUAAAUAUGGCCAGACUUUAAACUCUGCAAUGUGAAGAUCGGCUGUGACUCGUUGCACUGCCCUAACGAGGAAAUAUGCUUUUGAUUUUUGUAUUGGUCACUGUUAGCUUAAAUUACUGGCAACUUUCUUGAGAUUCAGUGUCAUCCAGUUUAGUACAGUCUAUAUUUAUGUUUUAAUUAUUCCUUAAUUCUGCUGAAACAGACUGAAUGUAUCAUGCGGGAAACAGUUGAGGAUCGAAGCCUGAUGUUUAGACUAGAGACCCACCUGUUCCUGAAAUAAUGAAAAU